AUGACCUUCAGAAUGGACAAUGUUCGACCUCACCUUGUCAAAGAACUCAAGAACGUGGAAAAAUGCUGUAUCAAGGAAUUCCUUCACUUUAUGCUCCGCAGACUUCGUGGAGAUUAUAGUGGUGACCCCACGAUGUCCAAACAGCAAGCAAAACCUGACUUGCUCGAAGAAGUUCUCGCUGGCAUACUCAACUUUGCCAAUGGAACUGCAAAAUUCCAAAGCAAAGAAGCCGAGUUAAAGACAACAAUAAUGAAUGAAGUGAGGGAGAAGCUUAAUGAAUAG